AUGGUUACGAAUGACCGCCCGGCGUACAUUUUCGAUCGAACUCGUUACAAAUACGACACGGCCGUCGAUAUCCACCGCAAGGAGGUUAUCCCUGCAUGUGAUUUUAACGGAGUCGCAAUCCACGACCGUGAACAGACGUUUCGCAACUUUGAUGACAGAGAUAUGAUCGCUCGAGUCAUUGCACCUGAUUCGGAUCCAUGUUGA